UCCCCUUGAAAUGGAGAGUGUUCCAGUGUUGAUUGUUGGUGCUGGGCCAGCAGGCCUUGCAACGGCAGCAUGCCUUGGUCAAUUCUCGAUUCCUUAUGCCAUCGUCGAGCGCGAGAGCUGUAGCGCGUCACUCUGGCGCAACCGUGCAUAUGAUCGCCUCAAGCUGCAUCUCGCAAAGGAGUUCUGUGAGUUGCCACACAUGUCAUACCCUGUAGAUGCACCAACAUACAUACCAAAAACCUUGUUUGUGAAGUACUUGGAUGACUAUGUUGAGCGUUUCAACAUUCAACCAAAGUAUCUCACCAGCGUGGAGUCAUCCACAUAUGACAAUGAUGAAAAAUGUUGGUCCAUUGUGGCAACGGACAUGUCAAAGUGCACCACAGUCAAGUUCACGGCAAAGUUUCUUGUUGUGGCAAGUGGUGAGAAUAGUGCAGAGAAUAUUCCAAUGAUCCCUGGACUAGAAAACUUUCCAGGUGAUGUCAUCCACUCCUCAAGCUACAAGUCAGGCAAGAGCUACUCUGGCAAGAAUGUAUUGGUCGUUGGAUCUGGCAACUCCGGGAUGGAAAUUGCUUAUGACCUUGCGACCCAUGGUGCCAAUACAUCGAUUGUUAUACGAAGCCCGAUUCAUGUAAUGACAAAGGAAUUAAUUCGUUUGGGGAUGGCACUUGCUCACCAUCUUCCAUUGAAUCUAGUGGAUAAACUCCUUGUGAUGGCAGCGUAUUUAAUAUUUGGAGACCUGUCACGACAUGGCAUCACAAGACCAAAAAUGGGUCCAAUGACCCUCAAAUCAGAAACAGGCCGAUCUGCAGUGAUUGAUGUUGGGACUGUUGGAUUGAUCAAAAAAGGCAUCAUCAAAGUUCAGGGGGGCAUUAGUAAGAUCAAGGGCAACAUAGUUAAAUUUCAAUGCAGUAAAAGAAUCUCAUUUGAUGCGAUUGUGUUUGCAACUGGAUACAAAAGCACGGCAAAUAUAUGGCUCAAGAAUGGUGAGAGCAUGUUAAAUGGCAACGGACUGCCCAUCCAAAAAUAUCCGAAUCAUUGGAAAGGUGAAAAUGGGCUCUACUGUGCUGGGUUAGCGAGGAGAGGAUUAGCCGGUAUUGCAGCAGAUGCCAAGAAUAUCGCUAAUGACAUCAAAUCUGUGAUAGACUCUAUGUCAAGUUAAAUCAUCUUUUACAUGUAGUUUACCAUGGCAAGCAUGCUAGAAGGUUGAUUCUUUGAGAAAUAUAUCCAUUAUGUCACCUUUGUAUCUAGCUUUUAGACAAGUAGAUUUAUGUUUAUUUCAAGGUUCAUAUGUGCCCUGAAGAGAGAUGUACUAUUAUACUAUAAUAAAGGGGUUUGUAAUCUUAUUGUGCAGAGAGAUUUGUCAUUUUGCUUGAACCUACCACUGUGUAUUAUAUUUUAUUUACUUGAAAUUAUAUGUGCAAAAGGCAUGCACUCAAUACUCCGUUGUCUAUACCAAAAUCUCUUGCGGCAUGUUUACCCCAUCGGUGUAUGAGGUAGUAGUCACAUCAACCCAAAAAACCCUGCAUAGUUCACUACAUCCAUUACAGUAGGUACCGUGGUGCUAUUUAGUCUUAGAAUGACACUAAUUAUCAAUCCGUGCAACUACAUGGGCUAGCUGACUUACUAUAGAUCAUUAAAAAUAUCUGUGAACAUAUUUAGAAACUUAAAACUAAAGGUUAGAACACCAUAUGACGGAAAACUACUAUGUAGAACAUGUAUUUGUGGUUACAUGAUACUGGUAUCCUUAACUGUUGUGGACACAAUUUGUUGUGCCCGAAGCGCAGGGUUUGCAGUAUGCAGUAAGUUUUCCAUCGGCUGAGAUCCAAGGUACCCAUCCGUGUAGUCUUGGAUAUAAAUUGCUUAUGACCUACCAUGGUGUCAAUACUUCGAUUGUUAUACGAAGCCUGAUAUGUACUACAUGCACUGUAUAAUUUCAUUGGGUACAUGAACACAAUUUUUUAGUAUAGUUACCACUAGAAGAGAUGCAUUUUUUCAGUAUUAUUACUAAUAUAAAAUAUUUCACACAUAUAAGAAAUGGAUUGUUUUAUAUCAUGCACAGACAAUGAAACAACUAGAGGAACUAAAUGAAAAAAAAUUAACUCUUGAAAGAAGAAAUUCUAUGAAAUUUUGUUUUAUCAUGCAUGCUUCAAAAGAUGCAUGCCAUGUCUAUUGGUUGCAAAUUCAUGUGAUGACAAGAGAAUUAAUUCAGUUGGGUUGACACUUGCUCACUAUCUUUCACUAAAUAUAGUGGGUGACCUCUUUGUGACGGCGGAGAAUGUCAUAUUUUAAGAUCUAUCGAGGCAUGGCGUCACAAGGCCCAAAACCAAAAACGGGUCGAAUGACCCUCAAGUUAGGAACCGACCGACCUAUCGAUUGAGUUGAGACUGUUGGACUAA